ACUGCGUGUAUAUAAACACGGGGUGACGUCAUCUGUUUACCUUCUCCGAGGCUCUCCGCUCACACAGCUGUGUGCGGUGCGUUCCCUUCCAGCUAAAUGGCGACAGAGAUCGAGAGGUUCGUCUCCUUCGAGGAGACGCACUACGACCAGUACGACUAUUACAACCUGCGGGAGUACUGGUGCCACGCGCGGGGCAAAGGAAGAUCCAGGAGGGAGAUCGAGCUGAACACGAACCGCCAUUGCCCUGCGGGCCACGAGAGGAAGAUUGCGGAGAAGUUUCACAACAGCGAGAUGAAACGCAAGGGAACCAAGAGCCCGUCGUCCUGAUGGCCUUCCUCGACGCUUACGGAUCCGGACACAAGUUGGAUUUCUGAUGUUGACCAUGACCAAGAGUCUCUGCCUUUUCCCGUCCAGUGAAUGGCUGGAGCGCCGUGACGACGGGAACAUUCCCAGUGCUCAGUCACGAGACCGCUCUCCAUUCCACACUCACACCCUGUAACAUGACCUGCCAGUUACAGUACAGCUGUGCAACUAUAGUUUGUGUUAAGCUAUAUUGGUCAGUGGUGUGUGUGCUUGAUAAAUACAUACGUAUGUAUAUGGAUCGCAAUUGUCAGUUCUGUCGGUGCAGAAGACAUUAAAUUGUGUUUUAAUUCCUGGUUCAAUAAAAGUGGUGUUAUCUGAA